AUGUUUAACAACUGCACAGUGUCCUCCUUCUCCAGUUAUGAUAACAGCAGCUUCAACACCACCUCGAAUGGAGAUGUCUACAACUACCCUGGAGACAAGAAUACAGAAAUGGGGGGGAACACGGGGCCGGGACGGCAGCGGGGCCGGGAGUGGGCAGCGGCCGCACCUCCCGCGCCAGCGGGGAGAGCGCCGGGAGCCGCGGCGGACACGGCCGCGCAGAGCACCAUGCGGGCACCGCUGCUGCUGCCGCUGCUGCUGCUUGGUGUCAGCUCUCAGGAUGCUCCAACUUCUACAGUCCUAGGAGAAAAUGGGAAGAUCAUCACAACUACUACAGUCACCCCUACAAGCAAACCAGGAAACCCAUCAUCAACCUCGACCAUGUCAACUGCCGGAGUUCAAGGGACCACCCUUACAGAAAAUCCAUUGCCCACCUCUGUGGUAUCACCCACCACUGGUGAAGUGCCCACCACUACAAGGAGGCCACCACCUGCCUCUGUGACAUCCUCUGUCACAACUGAAGGGCCCACCUCCAGAAACAACCCAGGAAACCCACCACCCAUCCCCACGAUGUCACCCCACCCAUCUCAGCAGGACAGCUCCUCAGUCAGCUCUGGGGGUUCACCAGCCGUCCCUGCUGUAACCUCCAGUGCUGCCCAGCAGCAGACUAGUCCUUCAGGCAAUCUGGGAGGCUUGGCAGCCACCACUGCUGCAAGUCUUGUCCUCACUCAUGUGAGCAGCACUUCAGCCACCACAGGAGGUUUAGGGCCUGGUGUUGCAUCCUCUCCCAGUGUGGAAGCUCAGGGAAGCCAGCCUGUGGACCAGUUGACCAGCACCGCUGCAAGCACUGGAGUGCCAAUGGGCAACCUUCCUCCUGGGCACAAGGACUACAGUGUCUCUUCUCCUACACCUAUCUCAAAACAGCCUCACUCUUCUUCCAGUUCUCCAGUCCCAGGACUGGCCUCUUCCACCACGCCUGGAAGCACUGGCAUUUCUGUUACUGCUCUUGAUGGACCUGUGUCCCACACCACUAGGAAACCCUCUCUGUCUUUACCACCUGAAAGCACUGACAAGUUGUCAGAGGCAACCACCACACCAACUUCAGGAGGAGACCAGAGAAGUCCAGAAGCUGGAUCUGUGCCAACUUCAAGUGCUGACCAGAGCCCUGCCAGUGAACAUCCAGUGACCCCAGCCCAGGGGGGCCAGCCAGAGUGCAGCAGAUGUGGCCACCAUCACCCUAACACUUCUUUGCAAAAUGAGGUCAUCUGUAAAGACCAGGUGCAAAACAAUUUGCCCAACAUAUAUCUGAAAGAACCCAGAACCUGUGCUGAGUGGAGGACUGCCAGCACCAACAACUCCUUCUUUGAGAGCUUCUGCUCAACAGGCCAGCACACUUUCAAUGCCAGCAGGGAAGCAUGCACGGUGAUACUGACCUCCCACGAGCACCACUCCCAGCACUGGGCCGUGCAGACAGUCUUGCACAUUCAUUUGGACCCUGAAAAAGUCCUUGAGGAUUUGAAGGAGAAGGAGAAGUUAGAGGAGCUUGGCAUCGCCAACGUCACCUAUGACAAGAGGGAGCAGGAGAUGAUCAUCAAUGAUGAGUUCAGCACUCCCCUGAUCAUCACCAUCGUCACCCUGGCCGGCUCCCUGCUGCUGAUUGCUGCCAUCUACGGCUGCUGCCAUCAGCGCUUCUCCCAAAAGAAGGACCAGCACAUCCACCCUGAUCUCCCCGGGUUUGAUGAUGGACAUGUGGCCCUGAUCUUUAAUCAGCGCCUGACCGAGGAGCUGCAGACAAUGGAGAAUGGUUACCAUGAUAACCCCACGCUGGAGGUGAUGGAGACCUCCUCUGAAAUGCAGGAGAAGAAGGUGAACCUCAAUGGCGAGCUGGGGGACAGUUGGAUCGUUCCUCUUGACACCCUCAUGAAGGAGGACCUGGAGGAAGAGGAAGACACGCAUUUAUAGGAUGCAGAACUUGAUCAAGCAAACAAUGAUCACCACUCCCCCACCAAAAAGAACCCAUAAUCCUUACACACACAGAGCUCCAAAACAACAUUC